UUUUGGGCCCAGAGCCGAAAAAAAUCUGUGUGUGCGCACGAGGCUGUUGAUGUGCAAAUGUGGAUCAUAUUGAGAAGGCCUGAAUAGGGAGGUGUGACGUAAGGAGGGCUACACGCAGGUGCUUAUCUCCAAGCAGUCAAAGGCACUGGAUGUCAUAUCAUGGAAACUACCUUUCAAGGCAACAGCUUUAGUGUUUCCUGUCAGCACACCAGGAAGGAGAGAAAUAGUCUUGGAAACACACACACAAAACAAUGACAACUCUUCGGUUCAAAUUCAAUAGCUGCUAGGAAGAUGGACGCAGAGGUUGAAGAUAAAGCACUGCAUACUCUCUCAAAAGGAACGGAAGUACCAAUGGAUUCUCUGAUCCAAGAGCUCAGGGUCGCAUACGAUUGCUCUAUGGCGAAGAAGAGGAGAGCCGAAGAGCAGACGCUGGGAGUGCCAGUUAACAAGAGGAAAUCUCUGUUAAUGAAACCCCGGCACUACAGCCCAGACACGGACUGCAAGGAAAACCCAGACAACAGGAAUGAGGAUGACAGCCUCUUAGAAACAAAUGAUCACUCCACUGCAGAGGGCAUCAUGGUGAAGCCUAUGGAUGAGAGCCUUCAUUUACCUGCACAAGAAAACUCACUCCAGAAGGAAGACCAAUACACGUGUUAUCCAGAGCUAAUGGUGAAAUCUCUGAUGCACUUAGGCAAAUUUGAAGAAAGUACGUCCAUGAAGACCAUAUGUGAGAACUUAAAUGACAGUGGCAUCCAGUCUUUAAAAGCAGAGAGUGAUGAGGCAGAUGAAUGCUUUGUGAUUCAUUCGGAUGAUGGAAGAGACAAGGCCCACGGUUCCCAGCUACCUUUCUGCUCUUCUGGUGACAGUGAAAGUGACUCUGACAGUGCAGAGAAUGAGUGGGGCAGUGGCUCCAAUUCCUCAGAGGACAGUGAUCCUCACAGAGGCCCCAAACACAAGCUGACAUACAAUAAAAAGGACCUGUUGGAAGGUCCUGAGAUAAAAGCUGAAGGUGACAAAUUUGUUGCUUGUGAAAACAGGUGUGAUUCUGACACAGAUCGCAGAGACCCACAGAACUCUCACAUGGAACCCUUGGCUGUGAACGCCAAGCCUUCUUUCCCAGAGGUUGAAGAUGGAGAAAGCCUGGUCACAGUUACAGAAGAGCCUGGUGAAAUGGAGAAAGCAAAGGGGAACCUGAGUUUGCUGGAGCAGGCUAUUGCUCUACAGGCUGAACGAGGUUCUGUCUUCCAUCACACCUACAAGGAGCUGGACCGAUUUCUCCUGGACCACCUGGCGAGGGAACGAAGGCAAGCCAAAGUUACUGACACCAGUGGAAGACAAAUCUUUAACAAUAAACACUCACCAAGGCCUGAGAGGAGGGAGGCCAAGUGCCCCAUCCCUGGCUGUGACGGCACGGGGCACGUAACGGGGCUCUACCCCCACCACCGCAGCCUUUCCGGGUGUCCCCACAAAGUACGAGUUCCUCUGGAAAUUCUUGCCAUGCAUGAGAAUGUGCUCAAGUGUCCCACCCCAGGAUGCACAGGAAGGGGGCAUGUAAACAGCAACCGCAACACUCACAGAAGUCUUUCUGGUUGUCCAAUUGCUGCAGCUGAAAAGUUGGCAAUGACCCAGGACAAGAGUCAGCUUGAUUCUUCCCAGACUGGGCAGUGUCCUGAGCAGGCUCACAGGACGAAUUUGGUGAAGCAAAUUGAAUUUAACUUCCGCUCACAGGCCAUCACUUCUCCAAGAGCCACUGCAUCAAAAGAACAAGAGAAGUUUGGAAAAGUUCCAUUCGAUUACGCCAGUUUUGAUGCACAAGUAUUUGGUAAACGUCCUCUCCUACAAACAGGGCAAGGACAAAAAUCACCACCAUUUCCUGAAUCAAAGCAUUUUUCAAAUCCAGUGAAAUUUUCUAAUGGGCUGCCUAGUGCUGGCGCCCACACACAGAGUACAGUCCGUGCCAGCUCUUAUGGCCAUGGUCAGUGCAGUGAAGACACCCACAUAGCAGCAGCUGCUGCCAUCCUGAACCUUUCCACCCGCUGCAGGGAAGCCACAGACAUCCUCUCCAACAAACCACAAAGCCUGCGUGCCAAGGGAGCUGAGAUAGAAGUGGAUGAAAAUGGCACAUUGGACUUAAGCAUGAAAAAAAAUCGAAUCCUGGACAAGUCUAUUCCCCCAACUUCCUCUCACACUACAAUUACAACCCCAUCUUCAUCCCCAUUCAAAGCAAGCAGCCUUCUGGUCAACGCUGCCUUCUACCAGGCUCUCUGUGACCAAGAAGGCUGGAAUGUGCCCAUCAACUAUAGUAAAACCCAUGGGAAGACAGAGGAGGAGAAAGAGAAAGACCCUGUGAACUCCCUAGAAAAUUUAGAGGAAAAAAAGUUUGCUGGAGAGGCCUCUGUACCAAGUCCAAAGCCCAAGCUCCACACUAGAGAUCUCAAGAAGGAGCUCAUCACAUGCCCAACACCAGGAUGUGACGGGAGCGGCCACGUCACAGGCAACUAUGCGUCACACCGCAGUGUCUCUGGAUGUCCUCUAGCAGAUAAGACUCUUAAGUCCCUCAUGGCUGCCAACUCUCAAGAGCUUAAGUGUCCAACCCCAGGUUGUGAUGGUUCUGGGCACGUGACUGGAAACUAUGCUUCCCAUCGAAGCUUAUCUGGUUGCCCUCGUGCAAGGAAAGGUGGCAUCAAAAUGACCCCUACCAAGGAAGAAAAAGAAGACUCUGAACUUAAAUGCCCUGUAAUAGGGUGUGAUGGCCAAGGUCACAUAUCAGGUAAAUACACAUCACACCGCACGGCUUCUGGCUGUCCUUUGGCUGCCAAGAGACAGAAGGAGAAUCCCCUCAAUGGGGCCCCUCUCUCCUGGAAACUGAACAAGCAAGAACUUCCCCACUGUCCUUUGCCAGGAUGCAAUGGACUGGGUCAUGUCAAUAACGUUUUCGUGACUCACAGAAGCUUAUCUGGAUGCCCUCUCAAUGCACAAGCUAUCAAAAAGGUCAAGGUCUCUGAAGAACUAAUGACCAUCAAGCUCAAAGCAACUGGGGGUAUCGAUGGUGAUGAAGAAAUUAGGCAUUUGGAUGAAGAAAUAAAGGAACUGAAUGAAUCCAACCUUAAAAUUGAAGCAGACAUGAUGAAACUUCAGACCCAGAUAACGUCUAUGGAGAGCAACUUAAAGACCAUAGAGGAAGAGAACAAGCUCAUAGAACAGAGCAAUGAGAGUCUACUGAAGGAGCUGGCAGGGCUUAGCCAGGCUCUCAUCUCCAGCCUUGCUGACAUCCAGCUUCCACAGAUGGGACCAAUCAAUGAGCAGAAUUUUGAAGCAUAUGUAAAUACUCUCACAGACAUGUACAGCAAUCUGGAACGAGACUAUUCCCCAGAAUGCAAAGCUCUACUGGAAAGCAUCAAACAGGCGGUGAAGGGCAUCCAUGUGUAGGACGGCUGUGUGCAGGAAGCAGAGGUCACAGAGGUCACUACAGCGGUGAACUCCCAUAGAUCUGCAGGGGCCUGAUUUCCCUGGAGCCUGGAGGCUGUCCCCUGCGUUUAUAAUUGCAAUAUUGCACUAAUUUUUCCCCAGCUGACAUAAAAAAGAACGAAAAACUAUGAUAAACUCUUUGAAUUAAAAGCAAUGCAGUCAGUUAUUAGAUCUCAUUUAUUUUCAUAUCUUUUUCUUUUAUUUCUUCAUUGCACUCUUUAUUUUGUAAAGUAUAUGUAAAAUAAAUGUGACAUUUUAUAUUUUAUUUAUUACUAAUCAAAGAGUUUUUUAUCUUUUAACUGCAUUUUGAAGUCUACCAUAUUUUUACAGGUGUGUUUAUUAAUUUAUCUUCUAAUAGGGUUUAAAUAGAAAUGCUUUUCUCAAAUCACAUAUCUUUCUGGGUUUAAAUGGAAAAAAAAAAGUAUGAAGGAAAUCCCUGUGCCAAGACGGCACUGUGGUCAAGUUUGGUUUCUACUGUGCACUUCUUUUUCCCGUGUGCUGGUUUUGUAUCUGUAAACGGUUUCUGGUAACGUGAGCUGCAGAGGUAUAUGCAGAUAAAUGUCGCCCACUAGUGGGAGAUGUGCACUCACAAAAGCACAGGAUGCUAGCAAACCGUGCACGAAGAACCUGAGAGCAAUAAUUAAAUAAAAUAGUCAGCACAGUGUUCCACGUGGCUGCACGAUUUUAAUUAAUAUGAAUUAUUUCUUUGAACUGUUUAAAGCAUAGCUUUUAAGUGAAUCUGAUUUGUCUUUUUGUUUAUCAAGUCACACUGGCUAGCUGGCAACCCUUUCCCAAAAUGAGAAAUAAGCUUUGAUGUGACCGCCAGGCUCUUCCUGCUGCAUAUUAGUACAAUAUCCAAGUGACAAUAUUGAUGUAGAUUUGUACUUAACAGAUACAGACACAUCCAGGUGGAAAUUUUGUAGAUACCAUAUCCCCUGAAAUAGCAUUUAUCUUACUGGGUUGAGUGGAAAACAGAAGGCAUGAAAAAAAAAAUGUUAUUCCAAUCUGAGUGGUUACCUUAAAUGUUGGUAACACUGGUCUGUGCUUCCCUAAGAAAUAAGACAACUCUCAAUUUGUUAAAACUCUUGAACUACAAGUGACACAAAGUACGCCCCCCCCCACACACACACACACCAGCACAGUCCACACAUAUGUGCACUAACAGGCACUCACCCACACAUGAAAUUGAGCCUACAAUCUCAACUGUAUCAGAGUUCAGUAGUUGCUGCAGUAAAGGCUAUGUCUGUUUCAGGGACUGUAAAGUAGUUAAGCAUUGUUUCAAAAGUUUUUUUAUUUUUGUUUUUUUUUUAUAUUUAGUUUUGUUUAAGGAAAAGGUAUAGACAACCAGCUAAACUGCCUUUUUGGUGUGCACACACAUUUCAUGUGCAGAUGUGCCUCUGUGUAAAAGUACACAUGAACUUUAGUGUGGGCUUAAUUUUCUGUGCUAUAACGAAAGUGCUUAUUUUUUGAGUAGCCUCAUGGAUAUUUAGAUGUAGUGUGAUGGCAUUCCCGGGCUUGACUUCACUGUUAAUACUGUCACCUGCUCAGACACACGAAAAGUGGUCCAGUCGCCCCACUCUCAUGGAACCGUGGUUAUUGUUCUGCAUCCAGUGGCACUUACCUUUGGCUUGGGGUUCAUUUGAACUCUCGAAUCUUAGUUUAGUGAAAAUGACAUGUCUGUUCUUAGGUAGGAAAGGUGUUUAUUUAACGCUCAAUUUACAAAACAAAGCAGGUACUGCAAGUGGUGUCUACUAUAAGUGGGACACAAAGUUUCCUAUUAAAGUAUGUCUUUGAACAUUUUGCUACACGGUACUUCAAAGAAGCACACAAAUGGGCUCACUUAUUACAAAGACAGAAGUUUACUUUGCUAAAUAUUUUAACAAGUUUGUUAUAUAUUUUAUUUAAAGAGAUCUCUUACAAUCCAAUGUAUUUAUUACUAUAAUUUCCAUGGCUUCAGUUAAUUUAUUUGUGCUCACAUAGUUUAUGAAGUGUGUUGGUAUUUAUUUGCCUCCUCGGUACUUGUGUUUUGUGACAUGCACUGAAUUGUUUUCUUUUCAACUGUGUUAAUGAUUGAUGCUGUAAAUUGGGUCUUUUGUAAACAAAAAAGGCAAUGAUAUAUACAUUUUUAUUUGAAGUAGUUUGUUUGUAUACUGAUUCUCCAAACAAUUAAUAUUUCUUACAUCAAUGCAACAAAAUUGUGUUCAGUGCUGUACAUUUGGUGUAUGGUAGGAAAUAAAAAUUGAUAAUGAA